AUGCACAGCCUUGCUGUGUCCACACAACUCGGAAUGACUUCAGUGCUUCGCCGGCAAGGCAUGAAGAUUAAGGGCCUGGACCUGUCGCCAGACGCUGUGGAGGUCAUGAAAGCGAGAGGUAUCGAGUCUGAAGUGGGUUCAUUCUGGAACCUUCCUCCGUGCGCGACGUACGACACCAUGCUGAUGCUGAUGAACACCGCAGGGGCGGCUGGCACCUUCGAGCGCUUUCAGGCACUUCUCCGGCAGCUGCGGCACAACCUGGCACCAACAGGACAGCUUUUGCUUGACCUGUCGCCUCCUGACUGGCCCGCGGUCCAUCGAGCGACCAGGAGGACGCGUGACAGGCUUCCCGCGGGUAGCUUCCUUGCGGGGCGCUGGGUAUCGCUGAGCUGCUGGUUGAGCUUCGGUGAGAUGCAGGGGGCCACCUUCCCCAAGCUCUUCGCUGAGCCCGCAGCCGCCGUCGAAGCUGCAGAGGUGGAAGGCCUGGCCGUUGAGCAAGAGCGCGUCGCCAAAGACUGGCCGAGCGCAAGGCCAGGCCCCGAGGACAAUGCGCAUGUCAAAGCCGAAGUGAGAAGCCUGCAGGCCGCGAUGGCUCUGAAGCCGAUCGGUACCACCGGAGACAUUGUCAAGGCUCGGCCUGUCGGUUAUGAGUCGCAGGAUGACCUCGCCAAAGGGGAGGUGCCGGUGUGGUCAGGAGCCCUGAAGGAGGCGACCGCGGAGGAGCCAUUCUCGCAAGGAGGCGGGAAGCAGAAUCCUUCGAAGGAUGAGCUGAGGGUCGCCGAGCAGAUCAUUGAUGGGGUGCAGGGCCAGGAAACCUACGAGGAUGGAUCCUCCUAUGAGGGCCAGUUGGCAGACGGUAGGCGGCAUGGUCAUGGCACCUGGACCUCGGUGGCUGAGCAGUACUGCGGACAAUGGGUGCAUGAUCAGCGACACGGAAAGGGAAAGCAAACAUGGCAAGACGGCCGAGCAUACGAGGGAAACUUCAAGCAAGGCAAGUUCCACGGCAAGGGCCGCAUGGAGUGGCACACGCCGAAAGGUUUGAUGUUGUACGAUGGCGAAUACUUCGAAGACUUGAAGCACGGACACGGCAAAUACAUCUGGCCGGACGGUCGCAAGUACGAAGGCGGCUGGAAGGAGGGCUUGCGAUGUGGGCAGGCGACCUACACAAAUGCCCAGGGCCAGAGCCGAACAGGCAUUUGGAAGGAUGACAAGGUUGAGCGGUGGCUGGACGAUGCUCCACCUUCCGCUGUCCCUCACUAG